CUGCGCUCCACUGAGACCUUUAUAACGAUUUCAAAAGAGGAGGAGUGGGAAACGCUUCCUCCAGCGCUCUGGCUCGGAUUAUUUCUGGUGCGUGUGCCAGCUGCUGGGGAAUACUUUUAAAUGGCGCGCGGCAUGAGCUGAUCAGAGAGUCGACGGGCGAGCGCGUGGAGCGAGCAGCCGUGAUAAGCGCUCACUCUCAGCACGUCCUCAAAACUUUUCACACGGACGUAAAGACAUAGCGGUUUAUUUGUGCCGGAGUGGUGCGCACUGGAGGACAGACUGAGCGAUGUUUGCUUUUAGUAAGGGUCACGGCUCGCUCAGGAUCCUCGGUGAAUCCGCCGCGCGCGCCACCGGCGCUUCCUCGCGCCGCUGUUGCGCGUUUAUCCUCCUCAUCCUCAUCCUCACACCCCGCGUGGACUCAUCCUGGUGGUACAUUGGCGCUCUGGGUGCGCGUGUAAUAUGUGAUAACGUGCCAGGAUUGGUGAAUAAGCAGAGACAGUUGUGCCAGAAGUAUCCAGACGUAAUGCAGUCGAUCAGCGAGGGAGGAAAGGAGUGGAUCCGUGAGUGCCAGCACCAGUUCAGACACCACCGUUGGAACUGCAGCACAAUCGAGCGCGACCACACUGUCUUCGGCAGGGUCAUGCAACGCAGCAGUCGGGAGGCCGCCUUUGUGUACGCGAUUUCAUCGGCAGGAGUUGUGUACGCUAUUACCCGUGCUUGCAGUCAAGGGGAGCUAAGGACGUGCAACUGUGACCCGCACAAGCGUGGCAAAGCAAGGGACGAGCGAGGCGAGUUUGAUUGGGGCGGUUGCAGCGACAAUAUUAACUAUGGGAUAAAGUUUGCUAAAGCCUUCAUAGACGCCAAAGAGAGGACAGUGAAGGAUGCACGAGCACUUGUGAACCUUCAUAACAAUCGCUGUGGAAGAAUGUCAGUGAAACGCUUUAUGAAGCUGGAGUGUAAGUGUCAUGGCGUCAGUGGAUCCUGCACCUUAAGGACUUGCUGGUUGGCGAUGUCUGACUUCCGGAAGACCGGAGAUUACCUCCGGAAAAAAUACAAUGGUGCCAUUGAAGUCACUGUGAACCAAGAUGGAGCGGGAUUCACUGUGGCUCACAAGGACUUCCGGAACGCCACCAAAAAUGAUCUGGUGUACUUCGAGAACUCACCUGACUACUGCUUAAUGGACAAAGCUGCAGGUUCUUUGGGCACGGCUGGUCGUGUCUGCAACAAAUCAUCUCGAGGGACAGAUGGCUGUGAGGUGAUGUGCUGUGGGCGGGGUUACGAUACAACUCGUGUGAAGCGCAUCACCAAGUGCGAAUGUAAGUUUAAAUGGUGCUGCGCAGUUGAGUGUAAAGACUGUGAAGAGGCCGUGGAUAUACACACCUGCAAAGCGCCAAAACGAGCCGAGUGGCUGGACCAGACCUGAGGCCUGGCCAAGUUCUGUCUUCCCUCAUCUUCCUCAAGAUCUUCUGUGAACUAUGGUAUUCUGGGAUAUGAUGUCCAUCUUUCAUGGCUCCUCUCCCUGAUCCCUAUUCCUUGUUGCAUGGCUUUAUUAUAACUCUCUGUGAAAGCACUACAACUAAAAAACAAUCAAACCUGCAUUUCCCAUGAGCGCCUUGCACACUAUGUCCAACCCGGCACAUUACUCUGCCUCUCUCUUGCUCUUUAUUUUAUGGUAUUGAAUUGGGCAGAGGACACUAAGAGUGUAAGAAUGAGCUGUGUUGCAACUGUGAACUUUUUUGUUGGUGGUUUUUAUGUAAUGUUUUUUGUGAAUUUACAAAGAUAUGUUGUUCCUCAAGUAGUGUUUUGUGCUGCAUUUAAAAUGCUUUAAGGACUUUAUAAAAGAACUCUAGGCCUCACUAUAAUACCACUUACUUGUUAUUGAGAACAAAACUAUGUGCUAUGUACCAGUCAUACUCCUAUAACAUUGCCUUGCUUUGACUGAUAACGAAUGUGAAUGGAGGCAGCAGCAUAAAGAGAAGAAAUGGCCUGGGCCUUUGCACACUUUCCAGAUAUGGCCAGAUUUUGGACAGAAGACCUCAAAGGAUUUUACAGAACUUUCUGAAAGAUGAAGAGAGAGAGUGGGAGUUUUUUUUUUUUAAAAAAAGGUCUAAAUCUAAAGAUGAGCCUGCACUAAGAACACUAUCUAACCAAAAAUGUAAAUAUUAAUGCAUAAAUUACAAUAAAAGGAAAUGCAUAAUUUUAUGAGCAUUAACACAAAAUAUGUGACCUAAAGUAUCCAUUCAAACUGAAAGAACUGGUUUGAUUUAUAGAGGAAUUAUGGUGUCAGAGAAAUGCUGAUGUUUUGGCUCUUCUGUAUAACUUCUGUAUACUGUAUUGAUAUUUAAACAAAAGUUCACAUAAAAAAUAUGAAGUAUUAUGAUCUUGUAAGUUGUGUUGUCCUAAAAGAACAUAUAAAAGUCUGAUUUGAAUGAUAUAGUCCAAAAUUGAAUAAUUAUGAUGAAACUACUAGUAAGGAUCUUAAUAAGAACAAGUUAUUGUAGUGUGUGUGUGUGUGUGUGUAUGUGAGAGAGAGAGAGAGAGAGAGAGAGAGAGAGAGAGAACGGAACUUAGUGGGCUAGCAAUCACAGUUUAUGGACUAGAGCAAUGAAGAUCACAGGGUAUCUCUCAGGCUAGGGAUACUCCUGAUUAACUAAUAUCCAGCUAAUUAUCUUAAUAGCAGGACAGCAGGACAUAGUGACAGCUAUAAAUGCUCGUCUCACAGUAGGGCUUGUGUUUGCUUGUGUGGGGUUUUUUUUUCGUCACGUAUAUCAAAGCCAAGCUUAUCAAAGCACACAGUGUCCAGCAAUCCUCCCUGUCUUUCCUCCCUGUUAUUAGAUGUAAUGCUUUUUUGUUGGAAGAAGUUCCCUUAAUGAAAAAGCCUUUACAGAAAAUAACCUUAAACGAAGGGUCUGGUAGGAAAGUGAUCUUGGAUUUAUUUUCUCCUAAUAUAACUACAGUUAAAAAAAACUCAUAUACAUACCACAGAAUAUAUGCUAAAAUAUACUUUCAAUAUUUGUAAAAAGUAUUAAAAAGUUUGAAUUUCACAUUAUGAAUGUGUCCUAAAUGUUCUUCAUAAAAUAACUUUUAUGCACUUACAGUCCCCUCCGAAACUACCUGAAUGUCAAGGCCAAUUCAUUUGUUUGUGCCAUACACCAAAGACAUUUGAGUUUGAGAUCAAAAGAUGUAUAUGCAACGAGAGUUUAGGACUUCAGCUUUUAUUUCAUGGUAUUUACAUCUAGAUGUGUUAAACAACAUAAAACAUAGAACCUUUUGUAUCAGCUCACCCAAUUUUAGGUGAGCAAAAGUAUAGGAACAGAUAUGUCUUGAAGUAUAUAUACACAAGUGUAUGUAUUAUAAGUAAAUAACACUUGACAUUUGGUUGCAUAUCCCUUGCUUGCAAUAACUACAUCAAGCCUGCAACUCAUUGACAUCACUACAUUGUUUCUUUCUUCUUUUGUGUUGCUUUUCCAGGCUUCUAACAUAGCCUCUUUCAGUUGUUUCAUGGAAUUUCUCCAUUCAGUCUCCUCUUCAGGAGGUGAAAUGCUGCUCAAUUGGGUUUGGUUUGACUUGGCUAGUCUAAAACAUUCCUCUUUUUUUCUCCUAAUAAAGUCCUUUCUUGAAUUGGCAGUGUGUUUUGGAUCAUUGUCUUGCUGCAUGAUGAAGUUCCUCCAGAUUAAUUUGGAUGCAUUUCUCUGUAAAU